AUGUCUCAAGACAAUCUAUUCAAUCCAAGUAAUUUCCAAUCCAGUGGCAGCAUGUAUCAUCCUGAUAUGACUAUGCAAUUCGCCCCAUCAGUACCUCAUCGCCCUAGUGCUACUUCUGGUAUUCCUUCAGGCCAAAGAAAUCCAAUGUUCUUUAACCCUCCAAGCAUCUCAAAUCAAGAGGUGUUAAUUCAACAUCAGCAAUUUAUGCAUGCUUAUCCAAACAGUCCUUAUGAAAGACCUGAGUCUAUUACUGGUUCAUCUACUGGUGUCAAUGGCAAGCAACAUCAAACAAAAGCUGAACGAAGAGCUGAGCACAAUGCCAUCGAAAGAGCUCGUCGUGAGAGCUUGAAUGUCAAAUUCCAGCAAUUAGCAUUCACUCUACCCAACCUCCAGAAUGAUACGCGCCCUUCUAAAAGCACCAUCAUUGACCGUACACUUGAUUUUGUCAAGAACGCCAUCCAGAAAGAAGAGCGAUAUUUGCGUCGUAUCAACGAACUUGAAAAGUUCAACAGCUAUCUACUGUCUGAAUCAGAUAAACGUAUGCAGCACAAGAAAUCUAAAAAGACCCACUCUUCUCCCUCUCCUGUGAUGCCUACCUUUGAAUCAAUGGCUGAAAAAGAAGUCUCCUCUGUUCAUUCUGAUGAAAAGAUGCAAGGUUUUGACCAAAAUGACCAUCAAGAAGACGACCAGGAUGAAGAUGAAGACGAUGACGAUCUUGAAGAAGCUCAGCCUUUCCAGGAAUCUAUGCCCAUGUUUAAGAUGAACAGCUCUCCUAUUCAAAAGCAACCACCACCACAACAACAUAAACAGACUCAAUUUAGCCGUGUUACUACGACUCCCCCUAACUCUGCCGCCACCAUCAGCACUAAUACCAAUAUCAAUAGUACGCCUAUCAAUACACUUAAUCGCAACAACAGUAAUCACAUCCCCGUGUCACAAUCAUCGGUGCCAAUGAUGCCGAACAGUACUAACUGGCCAAACUGCAAUGAUAACAAUGUGAUACAUGCUCAACCCAUGGUCAAGGAAGAACCAAUUCCUUACUUUCAAUUACAACAACAAGCACUUAUGCUACAGAAAUUUCAAGAUCACACUAUAACACCACAACAACACAUUGCAACAGAACAAGAGGACUUUCAUUUCAAUGCAAAUCCUGCCAUGUUUACAAUGAUGAGCAAUUCGUUCAUCGAUACUAAUGCAGCACCACAACAUCAUCAUUUUAUGCACAGACGCUAA